GUGAAAGUUAUCAAACAGCAAAUCUAACGUAAUCUGAAAUCUCAUCUACAUAUUGUCGAUGAAUAAAUAACAAAUAUGGGGGUUCGGUAAAAAAAUACUGUGCCAACCGUUAUAUCAGACAAUCAGCUUGUGAUCGUGAUAACCAUUUUCAUUGAGAAGUGUCGUAGAUAUGAAAAUAUCUAGGAGAACCGCAAACCCCGCCGCAGCAGACUUCAGGUUUUGACAUAUUUAUCGCAGCAUUUUUUCUUUUCCGGAAUAGCAUGUCGAUAAAGCUGAGCAUUUCGAUAGCCUUUUUAUUUUGUGAGAAUGAUCGAAAGCGUUUCAAAGAGGGCAUUCAGUGGAUCAAGUGGCACUUAUAAUGUUCACGCUUUAGAGCUGGCUGCUGCAAGGGAACGUAAACUGAAAGGUCUCAGCGUGACGGUGAGAUUCUUGGAUGACACCGAGCACGUUUUUCACAUUGAAAAACGUGUCAAAGGAGCCGUUCUCCUCGAGCAGGUGUAUCAGCAUCUGGAGCUCGUAGAAAAAGAUUAUUUCGGCCUGCAGUACUCCGAGAACGGUUGCCUGCCCGGGAGCGGAGGGUCAGUGUGGAUGCGUUGGUUAGAUCCGUCCAAAUCAAUAAAAAAGCAGCUGGGAAACUGCCAGUAUCCAUUACAUUUUAGAGUCAAAUUUUAUGUAUCCGAUCCAAGUAAACUACAAGAGGAAUAUACAAGAUAUCAAUUUUAUCUACAAUUAAGGAGAGACAUUUUAGAAGGAAAACUACAGUUAGCUUCCAGCACUGCCAUACUUUUAGCCAGUUACACUGUACAAUCCGAACUAGGAGACUAUCAACCCGAAGAACAUGGACCAAACUAUUUAUCACAUUUACAACUCGUUCCCAAUCAAACUGAAGAAAUCGAAAAUAAGAUAUCAGAGUUGCACAAGCUACACAAAGGUCAAUUACCCGCAGAUGCAGAGUUCAAUUUCUUAGACUACGCGAAGCGAAUCGAGAUGUAUGGCGUCGAACUUCACAAAGCGAAAGACAACGCAAACAAAGAUAUACAGCUGGGAGUUACGCAUAUCGGUCUGGUCGUUUUCCAAAACAACGUCAGGGUCAAUUCGUUUUCUUGGUCGAAAAUAAUGAAGAUAUCCUUCAAGAGGAAACAGUUUUUCAUACAAUUGCGCAGGGAAAUCACUGAAUCGUAUGACACUUUGCUGGGUUUCAAUAUGGAAACGUACAGGUCGUCCAAAACUCUAUGGAAAUCUUGUGUGGAACAUCACACUUUCUUCAGGUUACAUUCGCCGAGAAUAAGGAGGAAAUUUCCCCUGUCGUUGGGGUCCAAGUUUACGUAUUCUGGAAUAAGAGUGGUCCUAGUGUACUGCCCUGAGGUGAAGCCAACUGUUCCGCCUCUUCCAUUAGAGGACAAAGGGAAAAUCAUGUCUGCUCCUGCCAGACCUCCGGGUCCAUAUGCUCACAAAGUAACAUCCCUCGAUACCAAAGAACCCAAGAAGGCGUGGACGGAAGACUCGAGAGCUUCUGAUGACGACGGUGGUUUCUUGGAGAGAACCCUCGAAGGACCUUUUUCACCCGGUAUUGCUGGUAGGGUGAUGAGUUAUGCAGAUGAAGAACAACCCUCGCCCACUUCGAAUGGUCUUUAUGACACCCCUCCGUAUAGCGUUAGCCACUCACCGACGUCUCAAAUCAUCGACGACGGUCUGGUGACUAUUACUCUCUACCCCGACGAAGACGAGAAAUACGGAUUCAACGUCAAAGGUGGCACUGAAAUAGACGUACCGAUAUUGGUAUCGAGGGUCGCUCCGAAUACGUCUGCUGACAAAUGUACCCCGAGACUUAGUGAGGGUGACCAAGUAGUUCAAAUCAACGGGCACGACGUUUCGCAUGCUCUUCAUCAGGACGUCGUGAGGCUCAUACAGGAAGCUCGAUCGACGAAUGGAGGAAAACUUAUUCUUGUGGUGAGACCAAAUGUUUUGUAUCAACAACAUGAAGACUUCGAGGAACCUGCGUUUCAGUAUGUCCCUGUUGAAACGUCGGAGCCUCUUUCUCCAGGGAACGCUUUGAAGCAGAGCAUGCUCCUGUUGGCCGACGGAUUAGCUAGCGGGGCUUUGAUAGCGCAUUAUGAAAUGUUGUACAGGAAACACCCCGAUCUGACCUGUGACGAAUCUUGUAAACCGCACAACAUCAACAAGAAUCGGUAUAGGGAUAUAUUGCCUUCAUUCCAGAACGACAGGAGUAGAGAAAUAAAACACAUGCAGUACGUGGCGUGGCCAGACCAUGGUGUGCCAGACUCCCCUCAGCAGUUCCUGAACUUCACCGAAAGGGUGCGAGCGGCGAGAAGGAACGACGCCCCCGUCGUCGUGCAUUGCAGUGCCGGCAUCGGCAGGACAGGGGUGCUGGUGCUGAUGGAGACAGCGCUGUGUCUCAUGGAGGCAGGCGAGCCCAUCUAUCCGCUGGAGAUCGUCAAAACGAUGAGGGAACAACGAGCUAUGAUGAUACAAAAUGCUAGUCAAUACCGAUUUGUCUGUGAAAGUGUACAUGCUGCAUACAGCGAAAAAAUAGAAUUAGGAAAGCAGGAAUGAAUGUCGUUGGUCUAUUCCCUCGUUUUAUUGUGCCGAGUUAGUGGUUUUUCAAAAACGCUAACGUAAAGUUAUCGUCAUUCGAUAUGUUGUGUCCGUCGAAAGAGUUAAUCAUGUGAUGUGAUUUUAUAAGCCUUACACGAGAGUAACAGUACACCAGAAUAGCCUCCCUUGUUCCGAAGGUCAAUUCUAAAGAGUAUUUAUAUUUUCAUUCUAGAACUUUAUUGAGCUUCGGAAUAAGUGGUACUUGAUGUUUGUUAUUUUUUUGGAUGGAACAUGUUUAUUUAGAAGUAAAUAAAACUUUUUGUUGGAAAAAC